UGAACCUCAGUGCUGUUUCUCUGCUCACAGGGAAGUGAAAGCUGUCCUGUCUCACUCAUGAGAAGUCGCUCAGGUGCCGCAGGAUUCACUGCAUACAAGAAGAGAGCGCUUUAACAUCACAGAGAUGGGCUUCGGGGAGGAUCUGCGGUGUCCGCAGGCACACGCUGCUCUGAUGAGGCUCCUGGACUCAGAGCUUCACCUGAUGGAGGUCAUGAAGAAGUGGAUGGGUCAGCGGGCCAAGAGCGAGCGGGAGUUUUCGGUGCAGCUGCACAACAUGGCCGGCGUGGUGGAGAAGCUGGACCGGCCUCAGCUCGGUGCAGGACUGGACUACAUCAGCCAGCUCAACAAGUCGUGGGACGUGCUGCUCACUCAGACCGACGUCCUCAGUCAGGUGAUGAGGAGACGCUCGGAGGACCUGGUGGACGGACCCAUCAGCAAACUGACGCUGCUCAUCAGAGACAAACAGCAGCUGCGUAAGACCUACGUGGAGCAGUGGAACCUGCUGAGGCAGGAGCUCAGCAAGGUGACACACACAGAGCUGGAGAGGCUGAAGAGCAGCUACAAACAGGCAGCGAGAGACGCAGCUCAGGCUAAGAGGAAGUACCAGGAGACCAGUAAAGACAGAGAGCGAGACAAGGCCAGAGAGCGAUACAUAAAAGCGUCGCUGAGACUCCACGAGCUGCACAACGACUACGUCCUGUGUGUGCGAGCUGCUCAGGUUUAUCACCAGCAGCACUACAGUCAGAUCCAGCCUGCUCUGCUCGACGCACUGCAGACGCUGCAGCAGGAGAUGCUGCUCAUACUGAAAGAGAUCCUGCAGGAGUAUUUCGACAUAUCCACACUCCUCCAUCACGAAGUGGUGCAGAUCCACAGGGAGAUCUCGUCUGCUCUCACCGCCAUCGAUCCUCACACAGCAGAACACUGCACAGCAACAGCUCCCGGUGCACGGUCUGUGGGGGAGAUUCCUGCUUGUGCAGACUUUGAUUGCAGCCUCCUGGAGGACACUGAGCAACUGAAUCCCAGAGAGAUCGAACUGAACGACCUCACGCUGGAGACAAUCCAGCACAAGCUGACGGCGGUGGAGGAGGAGCUGCUGGACCUGGCCCGGACUCUGGGCUCCCAGCAGGCUUCGGUGGACCAGCUGGAGCUGGAGCUGGAGGCGGAGCAGGAAGGUGUCAAAAAGGGCCAGAGGGUUUACCAGUUCAGCAAGAGACACGCGCUGGAGGAGUGUCGGCAGCAGGUCGCUCUGUCUCAGGGCGUGAGAGCCAAGAUGGAGGCUCAACGACUCAUUCUGAAGCAGAAACUGGAGCAGCUGGGCUCUGAAGAACCGCCGUCUGCUAUGAUCCUGGACCCAGACAGGGUUUCCCUUUCAUCCAACUCAAGCAACGAACACUUCCAGACUUCUUCUUCCAAAAUAAUGGACGGGAUAAUAACCAACCUGAGUGGCCUGUUUAAGUCCAAAUGUGAGGAGCCUCCGGCUCUCAGCCUGGUCCAGGCGCUGGAUCUUCCUCUGGAGCAGCAGGACUGGUACCACGGAGCCAUUCCCAGACUGGAGGUCCAGCAGCUGCUGAAGAGUGAGGGAGACUUCCUGUUGAGGAAGAGUCAAGAGAAACAGGGCUAUGUCCUCUCUGUGCAGUGGGGAGGAUCCUGCAAACAUUUCCUGAUCCAGAACACAGAUAAUCUGUACCGUCUGGACGGAGAAAGUUUCCACAGUGUCCCUCUGCUCAUCCAUCAUCUGCUGUCCUCACAAACACCCAUCACCAGGAGGGCUGACAUCGUUCUGAAGAGACCUGUCCUCAAGGACAAGUGGGUCCUAGACCACGAUGAUAUUAUCCUGGGACAGCUGAUUGGACGGGGAAACUUUGGGGAAGUGUACAGCGGUCGAAUUCGCUCUGAUAACACUCCUGUAGCCGUGAAGUCCUGUAAAGAAAACCUGGCUCCAGAGCACAAGAGUAAGUUCCUGAUGGAGGCCAGGAUCCUGAAACAGUACGACCAUCCAAACAUUGUGAAGCUGGUAGGGGUGUGUACACAGAAACAGCCCAUCUACAUCAUCAUGGAGCUCGUUCAAGGUGGUGAUUUUCUCUCCCUCUUGCGGAACGAGGGUCACCGGCUGAAGCCUAAGAUGAUGGUCAAAAUGGCAGGAAACGUAGCAGCUGGCAUGGAGUAUCUGGAGAGUAAGAAGUGCAUCCACAGGGACCUUGCGGCCAGAAACUGUCUGGUCGCAGAGCACAACGUGGUGAAGAUCAGUGAUUUUGGUAUGUCCCGUCAACAGGACAACGGCGUCUACUCCACAGAGGGUGGCCUGAGACAGAUCCCCGUCAAGUGGACGGCGCCUGAAGCUCUGAACUAUGGUCGCUAUACCACAGAGAGUGACGUCUGGAGCUUUGGCAUCUUUCUCUGGGAGACUUUCUCAAUGGGAAUGACGCCCUACACGAGUAUGAGCAACCAGCAGACUCGAGACGAAGUGGAGAAAGGCUACCGCAUGCCUGCUCCUCACACGUGCCCUGUGGAAAUCUCCAGGAUCAUGAGCAGCUGCUGGCAGUACGACGCCAGAAACAGACCCACGUUCAAGAAACUCCGAGCUGAGCUCAACGCUAUUUACAACAAAAUUUCUUAACGGCGUAGUUGGAUUGUUUUCUGUUUUCGACGUGUUGAAAUACUUGACGUGGCGCAGCGAGCGGCUGCAUUCUUCUUUCCUUAACCCCUCGCCCUCUAUGUUUUUCAUUCCCUUCGUUGUAAGAACAAAGCACCUCGUCUUGGCACGUAUGCCGUCAGCGCAUCGACGGUUUUAAUUUGUGUAAACAUAUACAUGACAUUCUGUGUGUUAUUACAGUCACAGACAUUGAGAAGGAAACACCCACAACUUUCUCAGAGACGCUGCCAAGAAAGACGUUUUCGCUCAUCACGUUAUUAUGUGUCUGGAGACUGAACUACUGCUACUGACAUUUGAUUUACUUGCACAUUUAUUUUAUUAUUUCUUGCCUCAACAGAUAGAGUCUGAUCAACUUUCUCUACGUAACAUUUAUUUUUCUGUAUUCAGCGCUGUGUAACUCAAAGAGCCGCACGCUAUGAAACAAAGAGCCUAAACUGCACCACUCCCAUCAGCGCACAAAGAAAAUAAAACAGAAACUGAUCUCA